GAAAUUCAUAAUUCUUCAUGGUAUCAGAGCCAUAAUCUCUCAACCCAAAAAAACCCUAACCCUACCCGUGCUCUCUCCCUCCCUCUCGGCGUGCUUUCUCCCAGCGCCGCACACCACCCGCCGUCCUCCUCUCCUCGGCGGCAGCAGCAGCGCAGCACAACCCCUCUCUUCCUCGGCGGCGACAGCGCCCUCCCCUCUCAAUAUGGCUUCCUCUGAUAAACCCUCAGAAAACUCAACCUCUUCCUCCUCCUCGAAUGCUCCUCAUCUUGCCUUCACAACAAUCUCCAACGUCAAGCUUCAUGUCCCGAUUCAGCUCAGCUUUUCUCAGCCCAACUACAAAAAAUGGAGCCGGCUCUUUCUCCUCCUGGUGCGCCGAUUCACCCUCCACGGGUUUCUCUCAGGUUCUAACACUCCUUCUGCCGAUGAUGAUGAAUGGUACCAGCUUGACGCCCUGAUCCAAGUUUCGAACCACCAUCAAGGGUUCGAUGACAAUGGCCGUCAAACUUUGCGAAACAUUGCCGAUUGGUUGGAUGAUGUUGACGCCCCGGUCUCUGAGUCUCAACUUGUGCUUCAAAUGCUUCGUGGGCUACCCGACGAUCUCCAGGCUCUGACAUCGUUCUUGCAAUUCCAACAACCGCUGCCCACGUUCCUUCAGACCCGAUCCGCUCUCCUGCUCCUUGAACGGCAACGACAAACCAUCAUGGACGACGCCGGCAAGGCGGUCAUGGCUGGCCGAACCGGCAGCUCACCAUACGGCGGCAGUAGCGGCGGUUUCGGGCGCAGCGGUGGGAUGCCCGGCAGUGGGCACAACGGCGGCAGCGGCGGCGGUCGCGGGCAGCAGGGGAGCAACUCCGGUCGCGGUGGAGGCGGCCGUGGACGUGGACGAGGAAGAAACUCUGGGAUUUCAAGAAAAAAAACAAAGAUGCAAGAACACUUUUUCCAAGUGUUCUAUAGUUCUACCGAGGCUGCAUUUUCAGCUCACCAUACUCCAAGAACCCAGUGGACACAUCAAGGAACACAGUUCACUCACGACAUCCUUGAGCGUGCCGGUAUGAUUACGUGUCGUCCCAUCUCCACUCUUGUCGACACGAAGGCUAAAUUAUCUGGCACAUCGGGUCCCCUGGUAGCCGAGCCUGCCCUCCAGUAUCUCACAUUUACUAGGCCAGACAUCUCCUACUCUGUUCAGCAGCUCUGUCUCCACCUUCACGCCCCUCGAGAUGUCCACGUCACAGCUAUGAAUCGGGCCACCAUUUCCCGAUCCAGUGCUGAAGCUGAAUACCGAGCCGUCGCUAAUGCCGUUGCCGAGACCAGCUAGAUCCAAAAUCUCCUACUAGAGGUACAGCAACCCCUACGCCGCGUGUUAUACCCGAGACCCGGGGUCUUAUCACGUUGCUAUUUUAGAGAAGGAAUUAUGGGGAGGUGAGGGGGAAAUGGGGUGGCUGAAAUAUUAUGGGGCAAAAGGGGAGUUCUUUUGGUGUUUUUUUAAUGAAGAAAAAGAAUGAGAUUAAGAGGAGAAAUGGGGGGAUAUGAAAUGGAAGAAAAUUCAGGGAUGGAUAAACCAAGUUGGUGUUUAAGAGAUAUUACACACUCUUAUCCUAACUUGGGGUUUGAAUCUAGAAUUUAAUUAAGAUAUGACACACUUAAUUAAAUAUCUAGAACCUAAAACUCACACUUAAGAUAACCACUCUUAAGAUAUAGAAUUAGGGAUUUGGCUAAAAUAGCAUCACACUAUUUUAUAAAUACUCAAAGAGUAAAAGGAGUUUUUAAUAAUUCAGAGAUGAUCAU